GGACACACAGACAGAGACAUAAUAAUGAAUGAAUUACACAGAGCUGUGCUACAAAAGCACACACAGGAUAUUGUCAGAGACAUGAUUGUUACUGAAACCUUACUAGGAACAAUGUUUCAGAAUAAAAUCUUUGACAGUGAAAUGGUGGAAAUUAUCAAGUCUGGAAGAACACACAGUGAACAAGCGUACAAGAUGUUAGAGUUUCUACCAAAGCGAGGACCAGAUGCCUUUGACAGCUUCUGUGAGGCUUUACACGAAGAUUAUCCCUGGGUCGCAAAACUGCUGAGAGAGACUGUUGAAACAGAAAGUGAAAGAAUUUUAGCUGUACAAAGCAAGAAAGAUGAUAUUGCUACUGAACAACUAACCACACCCAGAAGUUCAUCAGCAUGUGGUAAGGCGGAUUCAGAUAUCAAGAUACGCGUCAGCGCAUUUGUACAGAAACAUUUUGGACAGAUACGUCGUAUAUCUAAUGGUGACAAGAAAGCUAUUGAAUGGAUGAUGAUUAAAUGGUUACAAGCAGAGAGAAAAAGACUUACUAAAUCUAUAGACGAGGCAUAUAUGGAAACCCAUCAGACGGAUGUUCUUCAGAGUGAGAAGGUGAAGGACAAACUUUUCUUCCUUUACACCAAGAUUGUGAUGAAACAACAGAAAUCUCCAGUGAAAAAGAUCCUGGGCAGAGCAAAGGCAAUAAGUGAUGGAGUUGAAGGAGCAGUUACACCUAUAGAAGACAAGAACAGAGACAUUGCUCCACAAGAUAUAAACUUUGAUGUCCUUAAAGCAGAAAUUGAUGAUCUCUUCACUCAUAUGGACUACAUGGAAAAACAAAUUGACAGAAGUUAUGACUAUAUAAAUGGUAGAAUGAGUGGGAAGGACAUAUCUAUACUUGUACAUGAAUUAUGUGGAGAGUACAGAUAUAAAGAGAAAGAAUUGGUUCAAGAAAAAGUGAAGACAGAAAAAAUGUUAGUCGAGUUGUACACUUUCUCCACAAACUCUAGUAAGCUUGAGAAUACGAUACAUGCUCAAGAGCAUGAAAUCAUAGCACUUAAAGAGCAGAUAAAUAGAGUAAAAGAAGACAACUUGUUGCUUAUUAAAGAAGUUACGGAACUUGAAAAAGCCAAGUUAAUUCAUCUUGAAAAAGAGAAGACACUGAUUGAGCUGAAGAAAGCAAAGGAAGAUCUACAUGUAAUGAUAUCAGUGGUAAAUAAAGAGAAUAAAGAAUUAAGGGAGAAGAUGCAGCAAGGAAUAGCAAGAAAUACUGGAGGUAGACUGUAUCAAAAUAAUAGAAGAGCACUGGCAAAUACAACAAACAAUGCACAGAAAGCUGUACCGAGAAGAGUGGUGCAAAAGAAAAGAUCUGUUAGUUUUAAGAUGUGAAUUUACUGAUAAAUUUUAAAUAUAAAUUGUUAUUGAAUAGAUAAUGUUAUUGAAUGUUUAUGCCAAACAUUAAUGCUAGCUAUUAUAAUCAAA